GAUAGUUAGAAAUAGAAUUAUGGGAAAAGUAGGUUAUUUUGCAAUUUUCCUGGCAUUUAUUGCCACGGUACAGUCUCAAUCUUGUAAUAGUCGUACUGUCGAUUACGGUAUAGUAUGCGUUUGUAAUGCUUCUUACUGUGACACUGUACCCGCUCUCGAAGAACUUUCAAGUGGACAGUACCAGCUUUAUACUACUAGCAAAAAUAAUGCAGGAUUUUCAACUUCUAUCGGUACUUUUUCAAAUGCGACAGAUUCAGCUUCGGUCACUGUAACAGUUUCAAAUCUAAGUAGUACUCAUCAGACCAUAAUUGGCUUUGGAGGAGCAUUUACUGAUGCCACCGGAAUAAAUAUCGUAAUUUUAUCUGAAGCAGCACAAGAGCAUCUGCUGCAAUCUUAUUAUGGGGAGAACGGGAUUCAGUAUAGUAUAGGAAGAGUACCGAUUGGAGGUACUGAUUACUCUACUAGGGGGUAUACCUAUUGUGAUAACGAAGAUGAGACUUUGGAAUCUUUUGCUUUACAAGAGGAAGACUUCAAUUAUAAGAUUCCAAUUAUCCAAAGGGCCCUAGAGCUACGUAAUGGCCAGGAAAACCUUUUGCUGUAUGCCUCCGUAUGGUCUGCACCUUUAUGGAUGAAAACCAACGAUGCGUAUAGUGGUAAGGGAAAAGUCCAAACAAAAUAUCUUGAAUUGUGGGCACAAUAUUUUCUAAAGUUCUUCGAUGCUUACGCAGAAAACGAUAUUAGUUUUUGGGGCGUAACCACCCAAAACGAACCAGAGAAUGGUAUAACGGGUAUAGUCAUUCCUAAUAACGGUUUUACAGCCCCUGAGAUGGCAGAUUGGAUUAAGAAUUAUAUGGGGCCGGCAAUCAGAAACUCUUCAUACAGCAGUUUAAAAAUAAUAGCUCAUGACGAUAAUCGCGCAUUACUACCUGUUUUAAGCGAGGUUGUGCUAUCCGACGAUGAUGCAUUGCACUAUAUUGAUGGAAUUGGUCUUCAUUGGUACACUGACUUUAUAACACCAGCUACUGUUUUAAACAUGGCAUCAAGUAGCAAAAAGGAAUUAUUUAGGCUUUCCACUGAAGCUUGUACAGGAUAUUUUGCAAUAGAGGGCUUAGAUAUACCAAUAAGAUUGGGUAGCUGGGAUCGUGGACAAGAUUAUAUAUCCAGCAUAAUGACGCAUCUGGAAUAUGAUUUUAUUGGUUGGACUGAUUGGAACAUGGCCUUAAAUACGACAGGCGGUCCUAACUAUAUAGACAAUCCGGUUGAUUCACCAAUAAUAGUGAACGCAACCAGUGACGAAUUCUAUAAGCAACCAAUGUUUUAUGGUCUUGGUCACUUCUCUAAAUUUAUAGUUCCUGGUUCCGUUCGCAUCGAUAUUGAAUUAUCUGGACUUAAUACGCUAUAUAAUAUACACGCGUUGGCAUUUUUGAGGCCCGAUGGAAAAGUCGCCGUCGUUUUAAAUAACAGGUCAGGCAGCAGCAAAACCAUAAAAGUUAAUAUCUUGGGUUCCACGCAGAUUUUAUCUUUAGAUGGCAACUCUCUAAAUACCCUUUUAUAUACUGUAUAAAUGUUUUUGGUGAAAAAUAAAAAAUAAUAUUUGUUUUCAUUA